AUGGGCAUAUUCAACUGGCUCUGCUGCAUUCCCUCAAGCACAUCUCCUCCCCCGCUCUCAGCCUCGUCUCAGCCUCGUCACCACCACCAUCCCACCACCACCAACUCAGCAAACCAUGGCUCCUUAGGGGAAGAAACUGGCUACACCUCACCAUCUGACCUCCCAGCCUACACGCCCCGCCCCGUCAGCAUCCACGAAAAGACACUAGAACUACACAUGCGCGAUCCCCCGAUCUCAUCCACCUCUACCACGUCUAAUCACUACCCGAAUCAUCACCAAGAGAGUCAACACGACUACCCCGACGAAAAAGCCCACUACCAAUACGACCAGGAUCAUCAUCCACUCCCGUUACGAAAUAGUAAUCGUCCCGAGGAUCUCUCGUCCGACGUCUCCUCUGCUAUCUCGUUUACUAGUAGUUACGGGAACACGUCCACCGCGACGAGGGAUACGCCGCCGCCGCCGUAUUCUCCGAGAGAGGGAUCGCCUGUGCCGGGCCGGUCGAGGUCGGCUUCUUCGGUCUCGGGACGGGGGAUGGGAUGGGCUCCAGGUGUUGGUAAUGGUGGUGGUGGUGGGGUCCCGACGCAGAUGAUGCAGAUUGCGCAGCCGAGGCCUGUUUUUCAGAGACGGGAGACGUUGAUGAGGAGUUUGGUUGCCAGGAGGAGUAUCGAGGAAGAGGUCGAGGGGAGGGGGUAUUAG